AUGAAAUCCUCAAUAGCUGCUGCAGCAUUACUAUCUCAGGUUGUCUUGCAAGUAGUGCAAGGAUUUUCACCAUCGCCCAUUGAACGAAAUGCCAUGAUUACACCACCAAGGCAACAAUCCGUGUUUCCAUUGGAGAUGAGUAACAACAUUCAAUCAGAAUCUGAGAGUAAAAAAAGACGUCAGCUACUCUUUAGCAUGCUCGCUGCAUCCGGAUCCCUCCUUGUCCCACCAACUCAAGCGUCUGUCGAGGACUCAGCAGCUAAAGUGCAGGCAAUUUCAGAGGCUGCAGCAGCUCUUGAUGGUUGGUCCAAUAUCAACAUUAUCAAACCUCCUACUGAUGAUCGCGACUAUCUUGCCUUUGUGAUGGAGAAUGGGUUGAGGGUAGUAUUGUGUUCCGAUCCACAAUCUAGUGAAGCGGGUGCUGCCAUGGACUGUCACGUUGGGGCUUGUUCGGAUCCCAAAGAGAUCCGGGGAUUGGCCCACUUUUGUGAGCAUAUGCUUUUCUUAGGAACCAAAGACUAUCCUAAAGAGGAUUCUUUUGAAGCCUUCCUUUCCGCGAAUGGGGGGUCGUCAAAUGCAUAUACUGCCAGUGAGGAUACAGUCUACCAUUUCACAUUGCAGGGAGAGUCGGACGACAAAUUCAAUGAAGGUUUGAAACGUUUCAGUUCCUUCUUUUCGUGUCCCUUGUUUGCCCAAAGCUCCACUGGAAGGGAGCUGAACGCUAUUGAGAGCGAGAACUCGAAGAAUCUGCAAUCCGAUAGUUUCCGAAUAUAUCAAAUGACCAAAGCCAAGCAAAACAGCGAGCAUCCUCACGCCAAAUUCUUUACUGGAAACAAAAAGACACUUUUAGAGGAUACAAAGAGUAUGGGUCUGGAUGUGCGGGAGGAGUUGGUCAAAUUUUACAAUAAGUACUAUUCGGCCAACCAAAUGACACUCGCUGUGGUGGGACCUCAGUCCAUUGAGACACUGAAAGGCAUGGUCGAGGGAAGCUUUGAUAAGAUCCCGAAUCGCGAAGUAAGAAAGCCAGAAGAGGAAUGGAACGGUGUUAUACCGCCAUUUGGAGGCAAAAGUGUGAUUGAUCCCUUUGGCAAUUAUGUCAAGAUCGUGCCAGUGCAGGAUGCUCGCCAAAUGUCCAUUAACUGGCCCAUUAUAUACAAGGGUUCGGAAGAUAGGGAUGUUGCACUGCUUACCAAGCAAGCAAACUAUAUUGCACAUUUGGUGGGCCACGAGGGUCCUGGAUCAUUGCUUUCUUACUUGAAGGAAAAGGGAUAUGGGAACUCAGUGUCCGCUGGGAACAGUGACGAGCUGUCCGACUUUGAGACAUUUGAAGUCACCAUAUCCCUCACAAAGGCUGGUUUGGCAGCUGUGGAUGACGUUGUUGAGGCAGUCUUUGUUUACCUCAGCAUGCUCAAGGAUCAAAACAUUCCCAAGUACAACUUCAAUGAGGUCCUUCAAGUUGAGGAGCUGCAAUGGCGGUUUGCACAGAAGGGAGAUGCUUCCUCUUAUGUGCAGUCAUUGGCAACCACGUUGGAAAACUACCCUCCAUCCUUGGUUGUCGCAGGACCUCGUCGUCUUGCAUUAGCUGAAAACGCGAACAAGCUGAUCGAAUCAAGCGAACCUCGUACAGGAUUCACGAAUUCAGAGCAACUGGAUUAUACAAUGUCUCUUGCAAACGAAUAUAUUGACCAACUGACCGUCGACAACGCAAUGAUCACCCUCAUUAGUAAGUCUUUCCAAGGACAAACCGACAAAAACGAGUUCUGGUACGGCACGGACUACUCGGUGGAACCAAUUUCUCAACCGACUUUGGCAAGAUGGAAGAAUUGUCCUCCGCCCAAGGCUUUGGGUAUUGCCUUCCCGCGAAAAAAUCAGUUCAUCCCAUCAGAGUCCGGUCUCAAAUUGAAAUACCCACCAUCCCCUGUUGACCGAUUAAAGAAAAGAACGUUCGAAGAUAGAUUGGUUCCUGUUCCACCACCUGAAGUCAUUCGGGAUGACGGACCAGACGGAAGGUGGACGCUUUACUACAAACCAGACAAGCAAUUUGGUCAACCAAAAGCGUUCAUCAUCAUGGAGCUCUUGACCAAGGAGGUGUUCUCAACAGCAAAAAACGCUGCACUUUCCAACUUCUAUGAAUUCUGUGUCGCCGACAAGUUGACAGAAUAUACAUACGACGCAGGUCUGGCAGGACUCACGUAUGACAUCAAGGUCGUACCACGAGGUGUUCGCAUGACUUUUGGAGGAUACAACGACAAGCUUGAGAAAUUUGCAUCUUACGUAUCCAAAAAGCUGACAGUGGAUGUCAAGGACUUGCUUCCAAAGGAUGAAGCCGAGUUUGAUCGUUACAAGGACGUGCUUACACGAACCUUCGCGGGAUUCGAUGUAAAGCAACCAUAUGCACAUUGUGCAGCAUACUCAAAGCUCAUGAUGCAACCGCAAAAGUUCGAUUAUUCAAACAAGGAGAUGAGGGAAGAAACUGAGAAUGCCAGUCUGAGUGGCCUCAUCUCUUAUUCCGAAUCUCUCUGGGCAUCAGGGAAGGGAUUGGCACUUGUUCAAGGAAACAUAGACAAGAAAGAAGCACUUCAACUGCUUGAGAAGAUUGAUAAGACCAUUGGAUUCAAAACGAUUCCACCGAGCGAUUACCCUCCUGAGCUCACUCCUGUGCCCCUCACUCCAAUCGCUUCGGGAUCGAUGCCCACAAGAGUCAUCGUUUCGGAGCCUAACCCAAAGGACGUCAAUAGUGCCGCGUAUGCAGUGAUUCAAAGUUUGUCGGAGGAUCCAAAGGAUCAAGUAAUGCUGGAACUUUUGAGUGCAAUCGUGACAGAGCCCUUCUACGAAGAUUUGAGAACAAAGCAACAACUUGGAUAUAUUGUCUCUUCCGGUCUCCGAGCUCUCGGAAAAACAAGAUUCUUGGGGUUCGUUGUGCAAUCAAGUGUUGCUACAAACGACAAGCUCACGAUCGAGAUAUUGAAGUACCUCGACAAUGUCAAGCCAAAACUUCUCGAAAAACUUUCCGAGGGUGACUUUGCAGUCUAUAUCAAAAGUCUGAUCGAGCGAAAGACAGAUCCCGACAAGCAGCUUGUUGCGGAAGUGCAAAGGAAUUGGGGUGAGAUUGGAAGUGGCCGGCUUGAGUUCAACAGAGUUCAGACUGAAGUUCGUGCACUUCUAGAUCUUGAGAAAAGUGAUCUUCUCGAAUUUUGGGAUCGUCUUUAUGUCAACGACGGUCGAAGAGUAAUGGUAACAGAAAUUGUGCCACGUGUUGGUAAAGUUGCCACUGCAGCUCCACCUCUGUCGUUUGCGUCCACGAGUGAGACUGGAAAGAAGCUCGGCAUUGAUGACAUUGAAGCGUUCAGAGCGCAAAAUGAUCCGUAUAGCUCAGCAUAG